CUGGCCAGCGCCCAUCCCGGCCUGGUCCCCGCGCAUCCCGACCAGCAAGAGAUCCUUCGGAGCCAGACGCCGCAUCCAGGCCCCAUUCGCAACGGAUGCCUCCUCCUGGCGCGACUUCGGCCGCGUCCCGGGCCCCGCCAGCUAUGGACUUCUUGGAGGAGGGCAGCUGGAGCCUGUCCUUCGCGGGAGCCGGCUUCCUGGGUCUCUACCACGUGGGCGUGACCCACUGCCUGAGCCAGCGCGCCCCGCGCCUCCUCCAGGGCGCCCGCCGCUUCUACGGCUCCUCGUCCGGCGCGCUCAACGCCCUCAGCGUGGUCUGCGGCAAGUCGGUCGACUUCUGCUGCUCACACCUCCUGGAGAUGGUGAAGCAAGUGGAGGGGCUGAGCCUGGGCAUCUUCCACCCCGCCUAUGCGCCCAUCGAGCACAUUAAGCAACAGCUGCAGGACACACUGCCAGAGAACUGUCACAUCCUGGCCUCCCAGCGGCUGGGCAUCUCGCUGACCCACUGGCCCGAUGGCCGCAACUCCAUAGUCACUGACUUCGCCACUAGAGAUGAGCUCAUUCAGGCCUUGGUCUGCACCCUGUACUUCCCCGUCUACUGCGGGACGAUCCCCCCUGAGUUCAGAGGGCAGCGCUACAUUGAUGGGGCUCUGAGCAACAACCUGCCCUUCGCGGACUCCCCGUCCACCAUCACUGUGUCCCCCUUCCAUGGGACAGUGGACAUCUGUCCCCGGAGCACCUCGGCCAGCCUGCACGAGCUGAACGCUUUCAAUGCCAGCUUCCAAAUCUCCACCAAGAACUUCUUCCUGGGGUUCAUAUCGCUCAUACCCCCCAAACCUGAGGUGGUGGCUGACAACUGCCGACAAGGCUACCUGGAUGCCCUGAGGUUCCUGGAGACACGUGGACUCACUAAGGAGCCUGUGCUGUGGACGUUGGUGUCUAAGGAUCCCCCAGCCCCAGCUGCUAGGACCCCGGAUGCCACACCGUCUUUCAACUGCGAUGUGCCCAAUCUGCUGGUCAAGGAUGUGCCCAGCUUGGAGCAGCUCUCGCCAGAGCUGGAGGCUGCACUGAGGAAAGCUGUCACGAGGGACCCCAGCUCCUGGGCCCGCUUCCGCCGGUCAGGGCCAGGCCAGGUGCUGACGUACCUGCUCCUGCCCUGCACGCUGCCCUUGGAGUACGUCUACUUCCGCAGCAGAAGGCUGGUGAUGUGGCUUCCUGACGCGCCCACAGACUUGUGGUGGAUGUGGGGGCUGUUGAAGAGUGUGGCUCUGGAGGUCCACUCUACCUCCAAGGCCUGGCUGCACAGGCUGGCCAGCCUGCCAGUCACCAACGUGGAGGACGCAGCCCCCUCGAGCCCAGGGAAGCUCCCUCUAUUGCCGGGUCCACAGAGCUGGGGUCCUCCCUCAGGCCUGUAGGGCGCUGGGCCUCCCCAGAUGGUGUCCUGGCCUCAUCCGCCCCUGGCCCGGGGAGGACGCUGGGGCUGUUGGUCCGGUGGUGACAGCCUCCUGUGUUUGCAUAUUUUCGUGUUGGUGCAUCAUCGUCGUACACAGCGGCGGGAUGUGUCACAACGCGCGCAGGCCGCAGGGAUCGGGCCAGCGCGGCCCUGGCGCUCCCCUCUCCCCCUACUUCCCGCCCCGACACUCCGUUUUCAGGAGAUGCGCCGCCCCCACCUCGCUUUUCCCUCCGUGGGGAGAGGAAGCGCGCGGUCCUCGGGUCUGGUCUCAGGCCGCGUGGGCAGUGAACUCCCUGGCGCGGGAAGGGCCCCUGCCACUCGGCAGCCCUGCUCCUCGGAGCCUGGUCCCCGGUACUUCCUUUUCCGAAGAGGCUGUGCCUGUUGGUCACACUGUCCUCCUUGCCUCCCGCUUCAUCGGGGGAGAGAGGAUGGCAGGGGCCGGCACAAGGCCCAGCUCCGGAGUCCCGGGAGCUCGCGCGGAGCAGAGCGGGUGGUGCCCUGCCAACGCCACCCCAGGGAGCACACUGACAUGGCCCGGGGCUCCGUCCGCCCUUUUCUGACCUGAGGUGGCCCGGGUGCCCCUGUGUGCACGUGUGUGGGCGGGACCCCUGGGGCUCCCUCGCCCAGGAAGCCUUGAUCUCUGGGGGCCCCUGGUGCACCCCGUGGGAGGCCCCGUGGGAGACGGAAGGAGGGAGGGCCAGGGCCAAAGUCUCAGGACCCCAGUGCAGGCGCUUCUGCUGGGGCCCCCAGGCUCUGCCACCACCGCGGCCGAUCCUACAGCAGGUUCCUGACAGAGCAGGGCCUCCAUCACUCCCAGUCAUGUCGGGCAGAGAGGACGUGGGCCUCCGCCCCCGGCCUCCUCUGCCCUUCC